AUGGAGGCAGCCUCGCCGGCGGGACCCGGCGCCCCGCAGCCUGGCACGCGGGGAGCGGCGGGCGCGUUCGGCAGCCUGCUGCGCGGGGUAAAAGGCAAAGUCUUCACCUGGAAUAUUUUGAAAACAAUUGCUCUGGGUCAAUUGUUGUCCUUGUGUAUAUGUGGGACAGCCAUCACCAGCCAGUAUCUGGCAGAAAGAUACAAAGUGAACACCCCCAUGCUUCAGAGCUUUGUCAACUAUUGCUUGCUGUUCCUAAUUUAUACAGUGAUGCUGGCAUUUCGAUCAGGCAGCGAUAACCUUUUAGAAAUCUUGAAAAGGAAAUGGUGGAAGUACAUCUUGCUGGGACUAGCAGAUGUGGAGGCAAAUUACCUGAUUGUCAGAGCAUAUCAGUACACGACUCUAACCAGUGUCCAGCUUUUGGAUUGCUUUGGGAUUCCUGUGUUGAUGGCCCUCUCGUGGUUUAUUCUUUAUGCGAGAUAUAGAGUGAUUCACUUCAUUGCUGUGUUUGUCUGUCUGUUGGGCGUAGGAACCAUGGUUGGUGCAGACAUAUUAGCAGGGAGGGAAGACAACUCAGGGAGUGAUGUACUGAUUGGUGACAUCUUGGUUCUUCUUGGGGCCUCCCUCUAUGCCAUUUCUAAUGUUUGUGAAGAAUACAUCGUGAAGAAGCUGAGCAGACAGGAGUUUUUAGGAAUGUUGGGUUUAUUUGGAACAAUUAUCAGUGGCAUACAGCUAUUGAUUGUGGAAUAUAAGGAUAUUGCCAGCAUUCAUUGGGACUGGAAAAUUGGGUGGAGUGCAGAUGGGUUAUCACAGAUAAAGGCAAAGGUUCCAUUUCUCCUAAAGAUCCAAGGACCCCAGUUGACAGAUGUGCCAGGUUCUGUUGCCAGAGCCUAUGCACUCACAAGUAUACAGGGGAGGGUAUUGGGCAUUAGCAUCUCCUUAGGCAACUUUCAGAAAAAAGACUAUGAGACGUUUUCGGGACUCUACAUCCUGUCCUUCACCGUCAUCAUGGUGGGCUUUAUCCUGUACUGCUCCACUCCGACACGCACUGCAGAGCCGGCUGCAAGCAGCGUGCCUCCAGUCACCACCAUCGGGAUCGACAAUCUGGGGCUGAAGCUUGAGGAAAACCUCCAGGAGACCCUCUCUGUGGCCUUGUAGCUGGAGAAGAUGGUGCCCUCACACGUACCACCAAGAUAAAGCAGAGCCUGCUGACUGCUGAGGGAACACUUGGGGACAUGAUCAGACUCAGAGUGAGCACUCUCCAGCACUAGAUUGGAUCUGGUGGUUAGAUUUUAGAAAGGAACAUUACACACUGUAUCAAAAGUGGAAGUACCCCAUAGAGCAGAACCCAAGGCUGGGAUUGUGUGUCUGUGUUGGAGGACCGACACCUGUUAGGGUCAGGGAGAUGAGGUGCGGGCUGGGGUCUCAGAGGCACAAGUGGGAAAACAGGAUGCGGGAGGUACCUAGGAGUGAGCCAGCCUCAGGAUGGGGCCUGAAAGUAAGCUGUCCAGGCUGGGCUGGGUGGCCAGGAGUAGGGGCAGUCCAGCGUGGUUCUGGAGUAGGUUUCCUGGGUUGGCGGCUUUAGGUUUUUGUCCUGUUGAAGCAGUCAAUAUCCUCAGGCCUUGCGACCUUUGGGCACAGAUGACGCCUGGUGGACUGAUGGCAUAUGGCUGGAAAAUCAGUGGAAAACCACUUGAGAAAUCCUGAGAUACAAGUGUGAGUACUGCAGAAGCAUUAAACUGGAUGCCAUCCUUUCUAAAAAUUCUCAUGACCCCCUGGAAUAUUCCUGUUGAUCUCAUUUUGUUGAGUGUCAGCGCAGGAAGCUAAGUCUUACUGCAAACUAUCACAAUGAGGAGAAAGCUUCUUUUUUUAAUGGGUUAAAAAAUAGAUUAUCAUCAAAAUGAAAACACAAAAUUAAUAAUUUCUCAGUGAAGAGUAUAUCCAGAAGCCCUGGGAGCCCCUAGUUGUUAAAAGAGGUCACUACACUACUUUUUACCAAAUAUUUGUGAUCUGUGAGAUUUUUAUGAUACUUCUUCAACACAAAGUGUUAACAUGUAGCAUCAGCAUAAUAUCAACCACCAGAAUGCCACCUUAAGAAAACUCUAUGUAAAUUUUUUGUAAAAAUAUAAUAAAGAAAUUAGGGGUAAGUGUUCAUAUUAUUAAAAGACUUUCAAUUCAGGGAAAAAUAGUCACUGUAUCUUUUCUUAGAUUAACCAGUUCCCUGUGUGGAUUUAGAUGACUUAAUAUACGAAUAUUCAAGAUUUCUUAAUAAUCAGUUUUUCAGAAUCACGUCUCCUGUAGUGUGAGGCAAACUGAUCUGUUUGGAGGCUACGGUGGGAUUGAGAGGAACUCAGAGCUCACGGAUCAUUUGCAGGAAUAAACGUUUUCCAAUUCUCAAUUACCACAAUGGGUUCUUUACUUAUUUGAGUGAAACUUUCAUUCUCUGCGACCACUUAAAAAUGCCUUGUCAGUUCAUGUUUGGUUUUCACUCCCUACAUUAACAACUGUCAUUGAGUGAAAAAGGUGAUGUUAAAAUGUUUGGUCAUUUUUGGAAAACUUUCAGUUUGGUUAGUGCACUGAUUAUUUCUUAAGACAUCUUGCGUAAGAAUAAACCUGUAUCUCUCUA